UAAUUACCUCAGGCCUCUGUAUGUAUAUUAUUAUUUUAUCGGUUUUAUUGUCUCUGUGUGAAUCACUAUAGUUACAACACCACUUAUAAUACUGAAAUAUUAUAUUUACAUUUGGUCAUUUCAUUGGGUUCGUGUUUCAUUUUGUUACAUAACUUGAAUAAUAUACCUUUAGUCACAAGUUUAAAUUUUCAGUUUUCGGUUUCCAUAAAUCAUCUUCCUAAACUUAGGAGCCUAAAGUGACGUCGUAUCCGCGGUUGAUAAUCUACUAUUAUAUUGGACAUCAUGUUUAGAAAAUUUGUAUCUACAGUUUCAACAAUUCGCCUCGCACAGCAAAACGUCCAGAACAUUCCAAAGCUUAAACAAAUUGCAAUUACUAAUUCAGUUACACGAUCAUUUUCUACAUCUCCGGUAUCUAAUGUUAAGGUACAAGAACCAGCACCUCAAUUUGAAGGUAAAGCAAUUAUUGAUGGACAGAUAAAAGAUAUCAAAUUAUCAGAUUUUGCAGGAAAAUACUUGGUUUUAUUUUUCUACCCCUUGGAUUUUACAUUCGUUUGUCCAACUGAAUUAGUGUCAUUUAGUGAUCACAUUGAUGAAUUUAAAAAAAUUGGUGUAAAUAUAGUUGGAUGUUCGUGUGACUCACAUUUUUCGCAUUUAGCAUUUGUAAACACCCCUCGAAAGCAUGGCGGUUUGGGUGGUCUGUGUUAUCCACUAUUGUCAGAUUAUAAAAAGGAAAUUGCCAAAGCCUAUGAUGUUCUUAUUGAACCUGAUGGCAUACCACUCCGUGGCCUUUUUAUUAUUGACCCUAAAGGAAUAAUAAGACAAAUUACUAUUAAUGAUCUGCCAGUAGGACGUAGUGUAGAUGAAGUUUUAAGGCUUGUUCAAGCUUUUCAAUUUGUCGACAAACACGGAGAAGUUUGUCCAAUGAACUGGAAACCAAAUGGUCCAACUAUUAAACCAGAUCCAAAACUUUCAAAAGAAUAUUUUAGUAAUGUCAACAAGUAAAUUAUAGUUCAAUACAGAAGUAUUCAAAAAUAAUUUAAAGUAUUUAAAAAUUAACAGGAAUAUUAUUUUAAAAUAAAACAUCAUGGAUUUCGCUUAGUUUGUUUGUACUUUAAGCCUGGGGUUGCAUGAACAACCUGCAAUCACUCAACCAUAGGUGCAAAUCACAUAAAAAUAUCAGGGGGGCUUAAGUACCAAAAAUUUUUUGGAGGAAACAGACCCUCACACACCCCAACAGUACCACACCAUAUAUAAUAUUAACAAAAUACAAAUCAGUAAUCACACAAAUACAUCUAAACAUUUUAUGCUGCAAAACAAAUUUAUUUUAUUUAUUACAAAUGUAAUAAUAAUGUACGCUUAUUUUCAGCAUACUUAUUUAAAAUAAUCUCAUUAUCAAUGACUAUAUCCCUUUCAAUAUGAAUAACUGAUAAGUCCGAUAGUCUUUCCUGACCCAUUGUAGUACGUGUCCAAGAUUUUAUUCUUCGCAUAACUGAAAAGCUCCUUUCACACGAAGCAGAUGAAAUCAGUAAAACUAAGGCAACUUGAAGUAACUUAGAUUUGGAUAAACAGUUUCACUGAUUACCUGUUUUAACUCUUUUAACCCAAAUUUGUCACUAAGUUGAAUCGCACAGUUUCUAGCAACUGUAAUUUCCGACUUUAAACACUCCUUGUUUAUUGAAAACAAAUCCUUUAACAUAGAACCAUUUUAUUAUAUAAAUGUACUUAAUACAUAUGUUGUAAAUGUUCAAUAUGUUUAAAAAUUAUUUCCCGGUUAUUAUGAUAUUAUAUUAUAAUAUAUUUAUAUUUUAUUUGUCAUAGCAGUUUAAUAUAUCCAGAUGUAAACGUAAACUUGAUAUAUUAUAUUAUUAAUUUAUUAAUACAAAUAAUUAAAUAAAUCUGUUUUUGAAUUUUUAAUAAAUUUAAUUAGGUAGGUAUUAUGGAAAUAUUAUAUUAUUAUUAUAUAUAAUAAUAUAUAUUAUAUAUAAGGUAGUAGUACUAUAAGUUAUAAUCACGGGAUUCGGGGUGCUAGCAUUAAAAUUCAGGGUGCUAAGCACCCUUAGCACCCCUGCGAUUUGCGCCUAUGCACUCAACACAUUAUUUAAUUAAAUCAAUAGUAGGAUAACAUAAUUUAGUGGUCCGUUAAACUGUAGUACAAUCCGGUUGAAGAUUAUUAUAAUUGUGUACCAUUUAAAUUUAAUACUUAAAAUGUAACUGGUCAUUUUUAUUUGUUAUAUAAAUAGUGAUUUUGCAACUA